UUAGCCCUCUACAGAAACACAGAAAUUUCCAACAUCUACCUUACAAAAUCAAGUCCUAAGUCUCAGCGUCAUACUAUGAUGUAUUACUCCAAUACAGUCUACUUGUGCUGGCACUACCUGGCUGAUGCUGUGAGAGAAGGAAGAAACCAAUAUGAAAGAGCUUUUGGCAUUUCAUCUAAAGACAUUUUUGAAGCAAUGUACAGAUCAGAAGAAGAGAUGGUGAAAUUCAUGGCUGGCCAGAACUCAGUAUGGAGUAUAUGUGGCAAAGAUGUUCUUGCUGCAUUUGACCUUUCCCCUUUCACGCAGAUAUAUGACCUGGGAGGAGGUGGAGGAGCUUUGGCCCAGGAGUGUGUUUCUUUGUACCCAAAUUCCACGGUAACAAUUUACGACCUGCCGAAAGUUGUGCAAGUGGCCAAAGAGCAAUUUAUUCCCCCUGAGGAGCAUCGGAUCACUUUCCAUGAAGGAGACUUCUUUAACGAUUCAAUUCCAGAAGCUGAACUGUAUAUUUUAUCCAAGAUACUGCAUGACUGGGAUGAUGACAAAUGUAGGCAACUGCUGGCAAAAGUCUACAAGGCUUGCAAACCUGGUGGUGCAGUGCUGGUGGUUGAAUCCCUUCUUAAUGAAGACAAAAGUGGGCCGUUAGAAACUCAACUAUAUUCAAUGAAUAUGUUGGUGCAGACAGAAGGCAAAGAGCGCACAGCAGCAGAGUACAACAAGCUCCUUGAGGCAGCUGGCUUUGGAGAGAUUCAAGUCAAGAGGACUGGAAAACUCUAUGAUGCUGUUUUAGGAAGGAAAUAG